ACCACUUCUGUUUCUACCUUCGUCUGAUCAGCAUCAUCCCAUAGAAGCACCAGACCAAUCUACAAUGGCAGACUUAAGCUCCAAAGACGUCGAGAGAGCAGAAUUCGCGUUCUCCAUCUACGAUGCCGAUGGUACCAACUCCAUCGACGCAAUCGAUCUUGGAAAUGUUUUAUAUGCCUUGAAUCUAAACCCAACAAAUGCGACGAUUGAAAAACUUGGCGGUACCAAAAAAAGAGGCGAGAAGAUAAUGAAACUUGACGAGUUCUUGCCGAUCUUCAGUCAGUGCAAAAAAGACAAGGAACAGGGUUGUUUCGAAGACUUUGUCGAGUGUCUCAAGCUUUACGACAAGCAAGAAGAUGGAACCAUGUUAGCCGCCGAAUUGUCCCAUACGCUGCUCACGCUCGGUGAACGUCUUACUGAUGCUGAAGUCGAGACGGUGUUAAAAGAUUGCAUGGAUCCAGAAGAUGACGAUGGUUUCAUCCCUUAUACUCCAUUCUUGAAGAAGAUGAUGGUGCUUUUGUAAGCUGUCCGGAUGCCAUUGGUACAGUGAGGUCAUCGAUCCGUUCCUUCGCAGAUUGUGCGAAAGAGAAGAAGACUAGUGAUAAAUACCAACAAUUUCUUUCUUCGAUUCUUCGGCAAUGAUCAUUCGAAGCCACGAAUCAGCGAAGGACGACGCGUUUAUCAUAAUUUCUCAUCAUGCUGUUCAUCCCUUGUUAAUUCAUCACUCGGUCGACCCAAUCGCACCUCUUCACAUUUCCGUAAUAAAAAUUCAUUUGAAAAACAAAACAAAAAACAAAAAAAACAGGAAAAAUGACCAAAAAAAAGAAGAUUUUCAAAAGAACAAAUAUAUAUAUAUAUAAGAAAAAAAAAAGAAGUAACAUCACAUAAAAAUCCUCAGGAUGACCCGGAACAUGAAGCGAAGAUCAAUCGAUUAUCGAGAAAAUAUUUAAUAUAUAUUUAUAUAUAUAUAUAAAGAAUAAGGAUGAAAAAAAA